AUGGGGCGUGGGGCGUCCAAACUAGACCACCGAAAAGGGGAGAUGCUGCCUAAACUGCCUCCUAUCCUCAGCCGAAAGCUUGAGGAGAUUAGGAGACGCAGGGCAGGGGCAACUCUUUCCAAAAAACAGCUCCUCAAGGAUGGUGAUGAGGAUGAAUGUGCAUCCAUUCAUCACAAUGAACGCAAAAGUUUAUCAUCUUUAUCAUCUCCGGAGCCUGACGAGGAUAGCAUAGGGUCCGCCAAGGUAGCACCAGAGCCAAACGAGCCCAAGGACAUGUUUUCUGAUCAGGAGGUUGUAGCCCAAAAGAAAAGAACAGAACAACAUAAUAAUAAAGAUAACAACAAUGCUGAAGAGGAAGAUAAAGAGAAGGUAGAAGAGUUGGCCCUGGAAGAAACAGAUGCUGAAGAAUAUGGCAGGUUCAGCAAUGUAGAAGGCUCUCUUAUCUGUCCAGGAUCACCAAGUUUCAGAGUAUAUUACAUUGAAUCACUACAGAAUAAGGAGGAUAAUGGCAAGGAUGAUUACAUGAACAAAGGCUCGCUGAGUGAUACCGAUGUAGAUGCUGUUGAGAUUGUUGAAUCCGGGAAGUCCACCGAGGAAUCGGUAGCCAAGAUAAAGAAGAGAGGAAGGAAAGGAAUGAAAUUUAGGAGGGUUGGUAGACCUGUCAAAAACUUCCUGAGCGUCAAGUCGUGCUACUAUCCGUCUUGUGGUGGUCUUGAGAUAUCCCGUUUGAUUGCUGCAAAACCAGCAACAACGUAG